ACUCGACGAUCGUGUUCGACUAUCGUGUUCGACUCGACUAUCGUGCUAGAGUCGACGAUCGUGUUCGACACGACGACAGGGCACUCGACGAAUGUGUUCGACUCGACAAACACAGUCGACGAUCGUGUUCGACUCGACGGUCGUGUUCGACUCGACGAUCGUGUUCGACUCGACGAUCGUGUUCGACUCGACGAUCGUGUUCGACACGACGAUCGUGUUCGACUCGACGAACGUGUUCGACACGACGAUCGUGUUCGACUCGACGAUCGUGUUCGACUCGACGAACGUGUUCGACUCGACGAUCGUGUUUGACUUGAUGUGUUCAACGAACGUGUUCAACUCGACAGGGCACUCGACGAACGUGUUCGAUGCGACGAACGUGUUCGACUCGACAAACGCAGUCGACGAUCGUGUCCGACUCGACGGUCGUGUUCGACUCGACGAUCGUGUCCGACUCGACGAUCCUGUUCGACUUGACGAACGUGUUCGACUCGACGAUCGGCACUCGACGAACGUGUUCGACUCGACAGGGCACUCGACGAACGUGUUCGACUCGACAGGGCACUCGACGAACGUGUUCGACUCGACAAACACAGUCGACGAUCGUGUUCGACUCGACGGUCGUGUUCUACUCGAUGGUCGUGUUCUACUCGACGAACGUGUUCGACUCGACGAUCGUGUUCGACUCGACGAUCGUGUUCGACUUGACGAUCCUGUCCGACUCGACGAUCCUGUCCGACUCGACGAUCGUGUUCGACUCGACGAUCGUUUUCGACUCGACGAUCGUGUCCGACUCGACGAUCGUCUCCGACUCGACGAAUGUGUUCGACUGGACGAUCGUGUUCGACUGCCGUGUUCGACUCGAGGAACGCAAUCGACGAUCUUGUUCGACUCGACGAUCGUAUUUGACUCGAUGAUCGGGCAGUGUCGUGUUCGACUCGACUAUCGUGUUCGAAUCAACGAUCGGGCAGUGUCGUGUUCGACUCGACUAUCGUGUUCGACUCGACGAUCGGGCAGUGUCGUGUUCGGCUCGACUAUCUUGUUCGACUCGACGAUCGGGCAGUAUCGUCGACUAUCGUGUUCGACUCGACGAUCGGGCAGUGUCGUGUUCGAUUCGACGAGCGUGUUCGACUCAAUUGUCGUAUUCGACUCGACAAUCAGACGUCGGGCACGACCGUGUUCGUGUCGGGCACUGUCGUGUUCGACUCGACGAUCGGGCACGAUCGUGUUCGACACGACGAUCGGAAACGAUCGUAUUGGACUCGACGAUCGGGCGCGAUCGUAUUCGACUCGACGAUGGGGCACCAUCGUGUUCGACUCGACAACCGGAAGUGCCAUGUGGCGUUACGUGGUUGAAUCUGGGCUGCGUGGUUGUGUCCUCACCGUCCGAUCCUUCAAACUCGGGGUGCUCCGUUGUGGUUGUGCGUCGCGAUCUCGGGCCGUAUGCUCGCUACGUCCUCGCGCUGAACACGCCUCUCGACAGCGCUGUGAUCCGCCGUCGCGUCGAGCAGGUGGUCGGCUAUGCACGGACCGAAUCCCUACGCUCUGUUGCCGCGCUGUACACGAGCCUCCACUGCGCUGCGCUGUGGCACGAGCCUCCGCUGCGCUGCGUCGACGAACCUCCGCUGCGCUGCUCUACUGCUGCCUUGCCGAACUGAAACGAAAAUGGGAACCGGUGGCCCUCCCUCAUAUUUAUCGUUUUUCGGGAGGGCCCUUCGCGAGCACCUGCUGGCCGUCCGAUCCGGGAAUAUUGACGGUCGGGAUUCUCCGAUGGGGAGUGGUGGGCCUUCCUCAUAUAAGUGGUUUUCCGGGUGGGCCCUCCACGCGCGCCUGCAGGCCGUCCGAUCCGGGAAUACGGACAGUCAGGGCAAUCCAAUGCCUGCAGUCGGCCGCGAUCGUUUUCCCACCUUGGCCAGAGCGGAGGCGCGGGGAUGACGUUCAGCUGCAGAGCAGAAAUGCGAUUCGUGCACAUGAGCUCCCGCGACAUUGUGUCAUCGUUCGCGUUCUGGGAGAAUCAGCGCAGCCAUCCGCCAAUGUCGACACGACAACUGCCCCGCUCUCCAGACACGUCUCGUGCAUGGCUUGUGGUGUGCAUGCUAUGCCACGGCAGGCUUGCAGCACAACCUUGGAAAACACGGACUGUGUGGCGUCUAAUACAAUGCUCAAUGAGGAUUUUCCUCCACCGCACCUGCCAAUGUGUUCACAAGAUGUUCGAAGUGGUCACGAUCAUGUCGAUAAUGCUCCGGAAUCUCCUGCUCGUAAGAGGUCACGAAAUAUUGCGUGUGCGGACACUACAUGUGAAAGUGCGUAUCCCGUCCUCCGAUGCCCGGUUCGAACCUGUGAUGCAAAGAGUGCUCAAGGUCAGGAGGGUAAGGCCUCCUCUACUGACAACGACGCAUCCGAUGUAGAUCGUGUUGUAUGGGUGCCGAGGAGUUCACUUCGAGAUUUCGAGUACACAGGUCUUCUGUUUGGUGAGGGUGAUGAAGGUGGUUCAGAUUCAAGUGCUUCGGUGUCGUCUAGUGCUGAUAGUUCUCCAGAUAAAACCGAUCUUCCGCAAACGUAUGCUGACCGGAACAGUGACCACUGUUGUCGAAAUGACGAUGAGAAUUGUGACGUGAUCUCUGAUUUCGAUGACAUUUUUCCAAAACGUCUGUCCUCAGAGAAGCAUCCUUAUGCUUUUCGUCUCAGAAUGCCCCGGUCAAAGAAGAUUCUGCAAUCAGUUCAUAAAAAACUCACCAAAAAAGCACUGGCGAGUGUGCAUGGGCAGGUUUGCUGUAAGCGAGAGUGUUGCGCUCAAAUGACCCUGGACGACAUCAAAGUUGUCCGGAGCGCAUACUACUCUAAGAACCAGCAGAGCAGGGACUCGUGGUGGGUUGAAACGUUGAAGAGGUUCACCUUCAUAGAAGAUGAAAAGGAGAUUGUUUAACCUAUUGUGGGGAGACGAAAGGUGUGCAUUACUGCUUGGUGUUUCACACUGGGUGUAUGUAGGAAUACAUUUCUCAAAAAAAGGAUGACUUUGUCAAAAGGCUACAAUAUGCCGGAGCAUGGCAGUACUGGACUCAGACGCACAUCAGCAACAUAUGCGAUGAUGUACGGGAAACUAAGCUCCUUCGUGCGAGACAACGAAGAUUCCAUGCCCAAUGACAUGAAGACCAAAGAGGGGGAAUCAAGAGUGGUGUUGAAA